GGUCGUUCUCGAUGGUGCCGCUGACGAUUUGAUUUUCGUCCCUCUCGUUCUCGGUGUUGUUGUUCUCGGUGACGCGACGGAGGUGUAGCCUGACGCGGUCUCUUACGUGUCGGCCUGAAUAAAAGUGGAGCUCCGAGGGCCCGGGAGUGACCGAGGGAGUCUGUUUCGCUAAGUCGAUGACCAUGGAGUCGGGAGCAGAGGUUCAUCAGGGAGGAGACACGGUAGUGUCAGAGACAGACAGCCAACAUAUCUCCCAGGCACAGAUAGCCACCCUGGCACAGGUUUCCAUGGCAGCAGGUCACGCCACAUCCAGCGGUCCUACAGUCACCCUGGUGCAGCUGCCCAAUGGCCAGACGGUCCAGGUUCACGGCGUCAUCCAGGCCGCUCAGCCCUCUGUCAUACAGUCACCACAGGUCCAGACUGUUCAGAUCUCCACCCUAGCAGAGAGUGAAGACUCUCAGGAGUCAGUGGACAGUGUGACUGACUCUCAGAAACGCAGAGAGAUCCUCUCACGACGCCCCUCAUAUAGGAAGAUCCUGAAUGACCUGUCAUCAGGUGACACCCCAGGGGUUCCCAGGAUCGAGGAAGAGAAGUCGGAGGAGGACACAGCGCCCGCCAUCACCACGGUUACCAUGCCCACAUCAUGCCCCAUCUACCAGACCAGCAGUGGCCAGUACAUCGCCAUCACCCAGGGCGGGGCAAUCCAGCUGGCCAAUAACGGAACAGACGGGAUCCAGGGACUGCAGACCCUGACUAUGACCAACGCUGCGGCCGCCCAGCAGGGCACCACCAUCCUGCAGUACGCUCAGACCUCGGACGGCCAGCAGAUCCUGGUGCCAAGCAACCAGGUGGUAGUGCAAGCUGCGUCAGGAGAUGUGCAGGCCUACCAGAUCCGCACGGCCCCCACUAGCACCAUCGCCCCUGGGGUGGUCAUGGCCUCCUCCCCUGCCCUGUCUGGCCAGGGGGGCCCAGAGGUAGAAGUUACCCGCAAGAGAGAGGUCAGACUCAUGAAGAACAGAGAGGCGGCCCGCGAGUGUCGCAGGAAGAAGAAGGAGUAUGUCAAGUGUCUUGAGAACCGCGUGGCCGUGCUGGAAAACCAGAACAAAACCCUCAUAGAGGAACUGAAAGCACUUAAAGACCUGUACUGCCAUAAAUCUGAGUAGCUUCAAAAUAACCCAUCCUAGCCCAACUGUCACUCCCUAUUCAGCGGGCAUCAGACUGCCCACUGACCUGUACAGAGACUCUGCCAAGCAUUGGCCUACGGGCAUGACCCAUGACAUCUGAAGCAAGAGGAUGUGAGAGAGAAGACAGAAUGAAAAUGGAUUGAUGGACGGGAGAUCAGUGAUGGACAGUGCUUUGUGGGAAUUGUAGUAAACAUGACCACUUUGGCCCAUACGUCCCCCAAUCUCCCAUCCACCAAUCCAUUUUCACCCUGUCUUCUCUCUCACAUCCUCUUGCUUCCACUCCUUCUUCUCCCGCUCACUUGUUAUCCACCUUUUCAUCUUUCUUUGCCUCUCCCAACUUCUCUCAAUAUUAUCCCACCGCGGAACUGAAAUGAUGAGGAUUCAUUCGUCAGUUGUGGUUCCAGGGAUAACGUGGUGAAACAUAACACUAACUCUUUUACACUAUUCAAGCUUCUUGUUUGGGGUUUGAAUACUGGGAAGAGAAGUCACAGACUUCUGACAUAGUCAUUUGUUAUUAACCCAAAGCCUCGUAUGUCUUCACUAACAAUGGUUAGCCAAUCAAACCAUAGGGUUAGUGUCUGAAUGUCCAAUCAGCUCAAGAGGAAGUCAAGACAAGGAAGUCAAGGUAGCCUCCAGAACCCUGGCAUUGGAGUCAGUUAAGACAUUGUAGAUUUCUCUGGGCCCGGUUUCCCAAAAGCAUCUUAAGGCUAAGUUCAUCGUUAGAACCUUUGUAGGAGCCUCGUUAAAUCUCGUUAUUAACAUUGCACUUGAAAGCGCUCGUAAUCUAACGCAUGCUUCAGACCACUCGUAGAACAGCAGUGCGUCGUUAGAUGCUUUUUUUGCCCUCUUUUAUGUACAGAAGAUCUCCGCUAAACAUCACAUGGUUUAUCCGUCUCUCUGUGUCCGAUGAUAACUUCAGAACAAUGUUGACUACAAAUGCAAAGGUGCCAAUGUCUUUGUAAUUGAUACAAACAAGCAACGUAUAAAAAUAUGCUUCAAAUGAAAACCGAGAUGACUGGAUUAAAAUAUAAACAGUAGGAAGUAGGCCUAUUUCAGUCCUAUUGAAAUACUUACCAUGUUCAAUCAAUUGAGUUCUAUUUUGCUACUUGUAGGCUACUGUUUGUAAUUUGUCUCAAUAUAUUUCAUGAUGUGUAGCCUAACGUGCUUAAUGAUGUGACAAAUCUUUGAUUUAGUGGGUAAGCAUUAGACUAAGGCGCCUCAAUAUUUGCAUCCAUGGGUGGUAAUAUCCGUAGCCGCGGGAAGUAAGGGUGCUGAGGGUGCUGCAUCACCCCCUCAUAAAUCACAAUAAACCAAAUUAGUGCACUCGGCCUUUGAAUAAACCAAAUUGGUGCACUAGGCCUUUAUUACCCCUGUAUGAGCGGGGAAAAAUACUCAUCCGCAGAGCAGGGGAAAGCCCCCCAACUCGCCCGUCGACAAACAAUUUCAGCACCCCCACGCCAAAACAGCUUCCUGCGGCCAUGGUAAUAUCACUCUAGGAGCUGAUCUGUCGUCAGUAUUGUGAAAUAAUUAUAAUGUUGAGGAAAGUUCCCUUUCUUUCAAUCCUAUCAGUAUCAACACAUGAUCAAACAACGCUCUUAAGCGAGCGUUCUCUCUGUGUGGUGUUUUGGGAAACUCAUGUUACAUCUUUGGGAAAGAUACAUUGUUAAAACACGCCUAAAUUCCAUCGCUAUCAGGAAACCGGGCCCUGCUCAGUAGAUCAUAUGAGAUCAGAUUAUGUUCUUUUCUAGAUCUCAGUGCUUAGGUUAAACCUCCAUAAUCAGUAUAACCCAUCAACUCGGAUUCAUCUUACAUUUCAAGUGUCUUGGGUAUUUUCUGUAUUUCGUUACAUUUUGAUAUCUGAGAUUUGAGCUACUUUUGUUACGCUCUAAAGAUUGUUGCUAGGUGGUGGUGGAAUAUGGAUCCCAUAUAACUACUGAAGAAAACAGAUUCAUGUCUGAAUACUGGAAAAAGUUGUCAGUACACACUACAUAUGGUUAAUGGGUUAAUGGCAAUUAUCUGAGAUUAAAUUCACCUAAGUAAAUCUUGUUGGAAUAGAUACAUUUGUAAUCUCCGGCAUACACAUAUUUAUGGUGUGUGUACUACUGUACAUACAUUCAGUACAUACAUUACCGUUCAAACGUUUGGGGUCACUUAGAAAUGUCCUUGUUUAAAAAAAUAAUAAUAAUAAAAGGCUGGGGGCCAAGGCUGGGGGCCUAGUUUUCUGGGGCCAUGAAAAGAACAUCAAAUUGAUCAGAAACACAGUGUAGGCAUUGUUAAUGUUGUAAAUUACUAUUGUAGCUGGAAAUGGCAGAUCUUUUUAUGAAUUUUCUACAUCGGUGUACAGAGGCCUGUUUUAAAAGGCUAACUGAUCAUUCUAGGCAAGAGUUCCUCUGUCCAGUGCCUGUGUUCUUUUGCCCAUUGGCCAGUCUGAGAUAUGGCUUUUUCUUUGCAACUCUGCCUAGGCCAGCAUCCCGGAUGUGCCUCUUCACUGUUGACAUUGAGACUGGUGUUUUGCGGGUACUAUUUAAUGUUUAAUGUUUCUCAAACUCUAAUGUACUUGUCCUCUUGCUCAGUUGUGCACCGGGGCCUCCCACUCCUUUUCCCAUUCUGGUUAGAGCCAGUUUGCGCUGUUCUGUGAAGGGAGUAGUACACAGCGUUGUACGAGAUCUUCAGUUUUUUGGCAAUUUCUCGCAUGGAAUAGCCUUUAUUUCUCAGAACAAGAAUAGACUGACGAGUUUCAGAAGAAAGUUAUUUGAUUCUGGCCAUUUUGAGCCUGUAAUCAAACCCACAAAUGCUGAUGCUCCAGAUACUCGACUAGUUUAAUCAGGACACCAGUUUUCAGCUGUGCUAACAUAAUUGCAAAAGGGUUUUCUAAUGAUCAAUUAGCCUUUUAAAAUGAUAAACUUGGAUUAGCUAACACAACGUGCCAUUGGAACACAGGAGUGAUAGUUGCUGACAAUGGGCCUCUGUAUGCCUAUGUAGAUAUUCCAUAAACAAUCUGCCGUUUCCAGCUACAAUAGUCAUUUACAACAUUAACAAUGUCUACACUGUAUUUGUGGUCCUUCUGUGGCUCAGUUGGUAGAGCAUGGCGCUUGUAACGCCAGGGUAGUGGGUUCAAUUCCCGGGACCACCCAUACGUAGAAUGUAUGCACACAUGACUGUAAGUCGCUUUGGAUAAAAGCGUCAGCUAAAUGGCAUAUAUUAUUAUUAUUAUAUUAUUUCUGAUCAAUUUGAUGUUAUUUUAAUGGGAAAAACAUUUGCUUUUCUUUCAAAAACAAGGACAUUUCUAAGUGACCCCAAACUUUUGAACGGUAGUGUAUACGAUUACAUUAACAUUUCGUUAGUAGGUUUAUGUAGGACUUGGGAUCAAUCUUCCAACAUCACAGACAUAGAUACUUUAUAUUCUGUUUAUGAUAGGAUAAAGUAGUACCAUAUUGUAUUACAUAUUGAUUUUUUUUUUUGAUAUAAUUACUGUACAUGGAGCCUACAGCAUGUGUAGAUUUUACUAUGAUAUUUCUAUUGAUUUGAUAAGAAAAUUGUUAUGCAUAAUAUGAAACCAAUAUAGAUUAACGUAUUUGUAUCAUAUACUGCAGCACAUAAAAAAAUAUAAAAAUAUAUCAUGUGUAUUCCUUUAGCUUACCAGGCCUAUUACAAUGUCGGCAGCUAUUUAAGAAAAAGGCCUUUUUUAAACUCACCAUGCUUUGUGUUGCUCUGCUCAUCUUCUUUUGAGACAGGCGAGUGAACAGCUUGUUGGAAGCUAUUACGACCCAUAAGACAUAUUAGUUCAAUUAGUCCUCUGGGUUUCAUUAAGCUGUAAAUGGCUAAGAAAUAAAUGUGAUUCUGCCAGCCACACCACUCAUCUGUACAGAGGACUGAGAGCCCUAAGUGGUUGUAAAAGCCUCUUGCGAAUGUUGUAACAUGCUUACUAUAAAUGCAUUUCAUCACAGAGCACCCCCCGCCGCCGCCCGCCUAGGAAGAAACACCAUCAUAAAAUGAAAGCUUCUUUUCUUUUUGUUAGAUAUUAUGUCAUAUGUAAUGUCACGGUACAGUAAAUGCAUUUCUUCCUACAUUUUUUGCCUUUGUUUGUACUUUAUAAAUAAGAAUUCAUUUUAGACACUAGAAUAUUCCUGAAUUGAAUGUGAAAUAAAUACAUGGUUCAGCCAACUCCAAACCUGUAAUAUCUUUAAAAAAAACAAACAUUAUUUGUGGAAAUAAUCAGCACCAAAAUCGUAGUUUGUUCGUCUUUUUGUAUUCAGGAGGACGCAUCAGGAAUCUAAAUAUAUUGAUCCUGGGUGAACCAUGAAAAACAAAUCAACACAUUGGAAUUGGAAUGUAUCUUCAGUGUGAAUACCCAGAUUCAUCUCAUGCACAUCAAACAUAUAACAAAGCAUAACUUCUUGAGUUUUCUGUUAGGAUGGGGGUAGUUUGUUAAUGGUUAUCAUUUUUACUGUGUUUGUACGUUGAGAUUCAGUCAAUCCAGUGUCACUCUGCUUGCUUUAUUUUUCUACAUUAAAAGACUGUUUAUAAUGUACAGCAUUCAUCAUAUUAUGUGAAUGGUAUUGUAAAAAGAAAAGUGGGUUGGGUUCGUGUGAAAUGGUCACAGAAAGUAAUGUUUCUGAUUAUCAUUGUGCAAGGGUAUCACUGUAAUUGUGUUCUUCUGUUGCUUGCAAAAGGCAAAGCCAUCUUUUGAGUCGUAUGAAUCAUUACCUUGUCCUGGCGCUAUUCUUUCAGUUUUUACAGACGCUUUGACAAGUCAUUUGUGAGGCUGAAUCCAAGCAUGACAAAUUGCAGAGGUAAUCUCUUAGCAGAGCUUUUUCAGGGUAGAUUAUGGACUCAUGCUGAAGGGAAGCAAUUUGACACAGCACACCUUGAGUUUCAGCUUUGCCAGCUCUGUAAAACUCAUUAUUUUAUGACCCGAGCAGAACUGAGCAGAGCAGGUCAAUGGCGCUUACAAAACAGUAGGUGAGGUUUGCUUGAACAGAAGAAGAAUUAAUCUUGAAUUAAUCUUGACAAAAUACCAGUGAAGAUACCAAGAGGUAAACUUGCCUAUAGGCUUUUGUAUUUAGCAUUUCAUUCAAUUUAAGUAGCUGAAUGAACAAAAAAAAUAUCAAUAGCCUACAGUGGUUUGGUUUCUGUACCAUUUUGAGGUACACAACCUGGCUUUACUUCCUGCAUGAACAGCCUGUCAUAGUGGAACUUUGAACAAUAACCUUUUUCUAAACUUUUGUGCCCUGUUUGAAUAUUGCCAAUUUUACAAAUUGUAAUCUUUAAAUACCAUUUAUUGUACAUAAUGUAAUCCUGUUAAGGGAGGUUUUAUUGUGUUCCAGUUGUGUAUCUGUCCAUUGUAUAUACUGUCUGUGAACAGCAUUAAACUAAAGCGCCUAACGAUCCACACUUUAGACAGAUACAAAGUCGCGGGGAAUAGGGGUGCUGUCCUCUGAUCAAUAAAGAAAUAAACAAUUCAUCCAAUUAAUGCACUAGGCCUUUAUUACUCCUGUAGAAGUGGAGCGAAGCAAAGUACUUGUCAGCAGACAAAAAAUCUAGGAAAAAUGUCAGCACCCCCACCCCGAAACAUCUUUCCACAGCCAUGGACAGAUAGACAUUUUGAAAGCGCUAUGUGACACAUUGUACCACUCUUUUGUAAACAUUUAUGCCACAAUAAAUUGCAUUCAAAGUG